AUGCGUUCGUUUCUCCUGAGCGUGCUGUACGCUCUCCUGCUGCUGGGCACGGUGUCGUCGGCGUGGUCGUUCGGCUCAUUCGGCGGGUUUUUGGGCGGGGGUGAGUCGCUGGAAAAGCGAGCAGACAACAGUGAUCCGUCCGCCGGAUCCACCGCGCAAACUUCCACAGCCCCCCAGACCAGCACUACCACGAACACCAAUACCAACACUAAUACCAACACCGCCAGCGACUCCACGUCCACCAACACGAAGACAGACACCUCAACCAAGUCCGAGACGACAACCACCUCGAUCUCGAUCAACCCCGCUGCAGCCGCAGGAGGCAUCUCGAUGAUCACGCCAGCAUCCUCAUCGACAACCUACUACCGCAUCGGCCAGAACGUGACCUUCGUGUGGAACUACACCUCGCUCUCCGUGACCCCGUCCUACGUCAACGUCGUCGCGUCCUGCAGUCUGAACAGCGAGACCUACACCAUCUCCUCGAACAUGAGCGUCAAGCCUACGGGUUCCGUGGUCUGGGAUACCGAUGCCACCAUGACCGUCCCGCUGCUUACGGCCACGUACACGCUCUACGUCUAUGAUGCCAGCAAGUCGCUGGGUGAUAUUCCUAGUGCCGGCCAUCUGAGCUCCCUGGUUGGGUAUGACUUUGGGAUGUACAUCAAACUGCCGUAUACUCCUCUUGGACAAUUUAAAUGUGCCACCUGCAACUCAGCCCUCUCGGACAUCCAACGCAUGGGCCUCAAGUUCACCUUCGGCAUGGCCGCCAUAACCGUGGCGUCGUUCACCUGGUUCGCCGGCGGGUUUGGAGCAUUCGCUACUUGA